AUUAUCAAAAGACAUAAUAAAUUUGACUCUUCUAUUUAGUUAUUAAAUCGUCACUGAAUAAGGAAAAAAUGUGACUGUACCUUAAAGAUCUACCUCCACUGCAACCAGUACUGGUACGCAUAUGAUUCAUCUGCGCUGAUUGAAAAUCGAUGGAUAGGGCGAAUGACACUGACAAAUGGAUGCUGUGAAACCUCCACCACCAUGUCCUUGUCCACCAUCAAUCUCACCAAAGUUGAGUCAAAGCGAAACGUUGCCAGGGAUAUACAAUGAUGUUGCUUGUAGUGCGGAAAUGUCAGGCAGCAGUGGAAUGACAGCAACGAAGACAACUAGGAUGUUCACCAGACAGCUGGAGACGGAUCUUGAUGUGUCAUUGUCUGGGACAGAUCCCGAUGAUUCCUUGUCAAAUUGUUCAGUUUCUGACUCUCAGUCUCAGUCAGAUUCACCCAGCACCAUUCUCUUAGAACCUGGAUUGUCUCUUGUGGCUAAGUCUGUUGUAAUUGUGAAGUCUGACUUUGGUCCUAUUAAGACGCACACAUACAACUUCAGCAUUGUGAACACAACCUCAGAGCCAAUUCAACUGAAUUAUCAGCCAAUCAUGUGCCAACCGUUCCAACCGGAUUGUCCGAAGACCUAUGGGACGGAAGUGGAGCCGGAUCCAGAGAUUUUGCGUACUUCAGAUAGUGGUGUUCAGGACCAUGUUUACCAGCCUUGGGGACAGGUUUCCACCGCUGAGUCUGAGCAUGUUAAGCUGAUUAAGACCGAACCUGCUGACUACUCGAUUACCAUGAAUGAAUCUAUGGACACGGGCAGUGAGGGUUCUUAUCCAUUGUCAGAUUCACUACAGAAUGAAGAAUAUGAAGGGGAUGAAGAUAUACAUGUUGCCAGUAUUCAUCCCGCUCAGGAAAUCCAAGGACAUGGUCUGACAGAUUACAACGUUUCAGGAAAAACUUUAGCCUUUCCUCAAGACAUUCAAUCACUAGGCCGAGGUAGAAAGAGAAAAGGCUCAAGUCCUAAAAAGUCAAGUGGCCUAUCUUCUGAAGCAAGAACUAUCAGUAAAGUGGAGCAUCAACCUGAGGAAGUGCAAGGAGUUAUUGUUGAAAGAUGGAGCUCGCCUACUAAAAGAUUGAUUCCACGGUCAAGCCGCUUAUGUGCAGAAACCGGAAAGGCCAUUAAAGGUACGAGUUGGCCUAAUGCUGAUUGCAUCAUCACUGCAAAUGAAGCUGGCAAUCAGUCUCGGGAAAAACUAACCUCAUGCCAUAUAUGUCCGAAAGAAUUUGACAGUAUUGUUCAAUUGCAGAAACAUCUGCAGUUACAUUCAGAUGGGAAGCAUUUUAGCUGUGAACAUUGCAACAAAUCUUAUAAAGACCGAUCAAGUUUGAAUCGCCAUUUACGUACAGUCCAUGUUGAUGGCAGUCAUGGUGGAGAAAAGUCGCCCAAUUCAAGAGCCGCAAAGCUUGAGAGUGGUUCAGGGACUUUGUGCGAUCAUUGUGGCAAAUCGUUUCAUAAUCCAAGUGCGCUACAGACACAUUUGGUUGUUCACUCUAACGAGAGACCGUUUAAAUGUGAGGGUUGUGGGAAAUUUCUCAAAACAAAGAAUGAUUUGAGGAGGCAUGCUCGCCUUCAUGCAAACGAAAGACGUCAUAAGUGUGCAGAUUGUCCCAAAGCCUUUAACAGUGCGGCAACAUUGAGAUGUCAUCGACGUAUUCACACUGGAGAAAGGCCGUAUAAAUGCAAAUUCUGUGACGAAACAUUUCGACAGAUUACGGCACGAAGUGAACACAUCAAUAGUAAACAUACUUGCGAGAGAGUCUAUGCGUGUAAAAUCUGUGGCAAAACCUACCUAAGAAGUGGGAGUCUGUAUUGCCAUGAACGCACUCAUUUACCGCAAACUGGUGAAAAGCCAUUCGAAUGCACACUUUGUACAAAGGCAUUUAGAACCAAGGAAUUGCUUACGCUCCAUUCGCGCACUCACACGGGGGAGAAACCAUGUAAAUGUCGCUACUGCGAGCUCUCGUUUAGAACAUGCAGCGUGCGUGCUAUACAUGAGAGGAUUCACACUGGUGAAAAACCAUAUAAAUGUGUUCAUUGCGGGAAAGCUUUCAGGCAAAAAGAUCCCUAUCGUCAACACUUGAAUAUUCAUACAGGCGAAAGACCUUAUAAAUGUAAGUGCUGUGACAAAUCUUUUGCCUCAAAAGCUACUCUUUUUAAUCAUCGAAAGAUGCACAAGAGGGAGGGAGCAGAACCAAAAUAUGAGGGAGACAAUCGGGAUGUAGCACCGUUUUCUGCUUUGGAGGGUGUAGAUUCCAAAUCUGAGGGAGAUAUUGAUGGGGUAACACCAUUUUCUGCUUUGCUGGAAGAACAAAAAUCUGAGGAAGACGUUCAAGGUGCAACACCAUUUUCUGCUUUGGAGGGAGAACCAACAUCUGAGGGAGUAACACCAUUUUCUGCUUUAUAUUCUAGUUGAGCUAGAGUGCAUGGUUUUCAAAAACUUGCGUGUCUGAAUAGCAAGCUCUUUCAUCUACCUGCCCCUCUUGGCAGUUUUGGCUGUUGUCUCUUAGCAAUCAUCCCCCCCAUUACCAUCUUCAAAAUUGGGAGAAAUACACGAAGGUCAGUGUUACUGGAGCGUACAAGCUUUUGUAAUGUUCGCAUAGAUUCUGUAUCAUUUGUAUAUCGUUCUGUCUUAUUCUUGUUUGUAUCUUAGUGAAAUGGAUUUACAUGUUAAAGAUGCAUUUUGUUGAUAUUUCAUUGUAAACAAAUAGAUUUUAGAGAAAUAA